GCAAACCCUCCCCAGUUGCACUCUAAUUUAGCAUACAUACAACGGUUUAGGCGUGAAACACGUUUAGUGUCAGAGGCAGCCUACUAUUUCACGAACAUACUUUCUGCAGAAUCAUUCAUCAAGAACAUUGAUGCAGUGGCGCUAUCCAUGGAUGAAACUGAAUUUGACAGCAAUAUGAAAUCUGCUCAAGCACUUGUGUAUGGCCUUAUGGCAGACUCAGAUAAUAUACUAGGUCAUAAUAAUCAAAACUCUGGAGAAGAGGCACUCAAACAGGCCAUGAACACUACCAAACGUGAUGCCACUGUUUUGCAGCCUGAGGCAUCUGAAACUAAAUCCAGAAAUGAUGAACAAUAUGCGAAGGAUCAACCUUCAACUGAUAAAAUCCCAUCAAUCUCAGAUCUAGAAAAUAAAGGGGCAGCUAUGAUUAUGAAGGAGGACAACAUGAGCGACUACUUUCAGAUUUUCCCUUAUUUUUUCUCUCAGGCUGGUUUCUUAACCGUCAGUGAUGUUGAAGAACUGCUAAAUAACUACAAGAAACUUGUAUUCAAAUAUGUAUGUCUUUCUAAAGGUUUGAACAUCGCUGCUGCUCCGUCUCCAAUAUUGUUCAAUGAUCAAGAAGGGCAAAGCCAAACCCAGCUGGAAACUGUCAAAAGCCUAGAAAAUGUGUCGACAACAGAACCAAAUGAUGGGGCAUAUAGAGACUGUCGAUUUACAGCAGCCAGUGACAACAUUGAUAUUCCACUUCUUAAUGCAGAAGAUUCUCAAUCCAGGUUGGCAGUAGAGGAAGAUGUUGAAAGUAAAGACGGGGAAAAUGAAUGAUGGGUGGGUGGGGUUGUUGACAUGUAAAAUCAUAUGUAGUCCAAUACCCAGCCUAUAUUAGAACCCGUUUACUAUUUUAUUUGGAGAAUGGGGCAAAUUAACCUUCUCAUAGAAUGAAAGCAAGGGUAACCAAAAGGAGUUUUUCCACUUUUAGUCCUCCGACUAUUAUGACAUCGACACUUUUGGUACUCAAAUUUGAUUUUUCCCAUUUUUAGUCCUCGACUAUUGUGCUUGAGACACCUUUGGUACCCGUCUUUGAAAUUUUCCAUAUUUAGUCCUUCGACUUUCACAAAAGUGACACUUUUGGUCCUUCAGUUAUUAUAAUAGUGAUAUAUUUAGUCCACUUUUGUGCCAAAAUCAUAAUGGAAGGAAAAGUGUCAAUUUGAUAAUAUUCAAGGGACUAAAUGUAGGAAUUUCUGAAGUCGAGGACUAAAAUUGUCUCUAGCACAAUAGUUAGAGACUAAAAAUGGAAAAAUUAAGAGUUGAGUACUAAAAGUGUCACCGACACAAUAGCCGGGGACUGAAAGUGGUAAAAACUCUGGAAAAGAGCAAGUUCCUACUAAUGCCAAAUUACCAUGUCUUUCACGUGUAGUUGCAUGCUUGUUCCUUAGGUUAUGUUUUUUGCUAUGCUUUAUGAUCUAUUAUAGUAUAUCUUCUGUUAAAUACCAACAUCCUUGACUAGGAUGACUUUCGAAUCUGUGACCUCAUCUUUGGGAGUGUCAGAGUAAUCUCAUCGAACCGCAGGGUGUUUGACGUUCCUUAUAUUAUGUUAAUUAGUAGUUUUUGGUUCAUGGAAUAUAUGUGGGGGGUGUAGGCG